CAUCCAUCCUCCCUUGCUGGAAUCUUUUACUCGGUAUUAUAUUCACAUCACCUCUCUUCCCAGUGGUAUCUUGCUGGUAUACUAUUCGCAUCAUUCACCCUUCUCUUGGUGGUAUACCUUCUACUUGGGACUAUUAUCCGCAUCUCGUUAUAUUCACCAUGGCAACAGAUUGGAAAACGAAUUACAUUGAUAAAACCCUUAUGGCGUCCGGCAAUUUGACCCAUGCGGCCAUAGUCGGACUGGAUGGGGCUAUUUGGGCAACAUCAGACGACUUUAAGAUUUCGGCCGGGGAAGUCGGAUUCCUUAUUCGCGGUCUGGCCACUGCGGAGUCAUUGCGAGAAAACGGCGUUCUGAUUGGCGGGGUGAAAUAUGUGCUUCUUCGAGCAGACGAUAACGCUGUCUUGGCCAGGAAACAAGGCACAGGAGUGUGUGUAGGCAAAAGUAGCACCGCUCUUGUCAUCGGAGUAUACGGAACAGAUCAUGUAGCCGGAAAAGCGAACAAUACCGUACAGGAACUAGCGCAAUAUUUGAUUGGUCAAGGUACCUAAGGAUUCGUCCACUUGAAUUUUACUGAGGGACGCGAGGACUCAAUGUAAUAGCGUCUGAAGUCAUGUUUUAUUCUGUUUUUUGUUUUUUCAUUAUUGUUAUCUAUUAA